GAAAAGGACAUGAUGCGUGAUCUUGGGUGAAAUACGGCUUGUAUCUUGGCAGGGCAAACACCUAAACUUUUACUGUGUUUGCAGCCAUGGCGGUGCCUGAUCCACUUCAUCGCAACCAAAUUCUUGCAGAUCUGAGCUUUCUAACUUUAAAUAACAUUACAUUAUGCUGCAUUUUUGGGUUCAGAAAAGAAUGUGAAUUCAGAGGUACGAGCCUAUAGAACAGAUCCUGUUCGAGUAAAGUCGUAAAGAAUGUGGAUUUUUUAUAAAAAGAUUGUAACCCCCAAUGCCGUCCUCCACGGGUUUUGGGUCCCAAAAUACCUUGACGGUAUAGGGGGUAAGUUGAGAUGUAGACAACCUUACCUCUACCUAGGAAGGGAGGCUGCUCCAGGUUCUAUUUAAAUGAUAGAAAGGACCUCCGGCCUUAGCAUGGGGUGAGGAUUGAACCCUUGUCCUUUGUCUCCGAAAGCAUGGGUGUUAACAACUUAAUUCAACCAUGCUACUUUGUGAUAUCUAUAUCUAAAUGUAUAUUAAAUGUUUAUAUAACAUGUCUUGAAAUCUUUUAACAAUGUGAAUUCUAUUAUUUCUAUAUCCGAAUGUAUAUUUGAUUAUACUUUGGGUUUAGUCCUGCAUCCUCAAGAAUUUAAUAGUAGACUUGGAGUCAUAAAGAAGAUGGCCACAUACAUAUUAACUUGUAAAUAAAUGGGGGACAAUCCAUAUGCUGGGAAAAAUAGAAGGAAGCUUAGGCGAAAGAGAGAAGGUAGCUUUUAAAAAGGGUGGUUGCCACAUCAUCUCUCUUUUGCCAAUCAUCUAUCUAAAAAAAAGGGGUAAUUGGAUGGAAACCCUUGAUUCCAUUUACCAAUUGGUACCCCACUAAUCCCCCAGCCACACUCCAGGUUAAUCCCAACCACUUAAUAAUCUCCUGGUUAUCUCAGGUUUGCCUUUGGCAAGACUCGAACCCAAGACCUCCCCUGGAAAGUGGCGGCUGGUGGACACUGGGCUAUUAUCCAAUGGUUUCAUCUAUCUAUCUAUCUUAAUGGAUGAUGCUGAAUGAUGUUUGAGCUCAUGAUUUUCUUCCUUCCCCCACAUGGUUUUAUCUUAUUUUAUUUAUGAUCUGUUGUUUACCGCUGCAUAAUACAUGUUUCAUUUCUGAGCCAAUGAUUUCACUUUCCCUGUUAUGUUAACUGAUAAACAUUGGUCUGGAGUCUGGUACCUUAUAUACCAUAAAACUGUUAAGGCGAUGAUGAUAUCUUUCUGCAUUUGAUACCUUUUUCUGGAAAAUUUCGGCCAAAUCUUGGCAGGGCAAACACCAAACCUGUUAUUGUGUUUGCAGCCAUGGCGGUGUCUGAUCCACUUUAUCGCUACCAAAUUCUUGCAGACUGAGCUUUCUGACUUUAAAUUACAUUACAUUAUGCUGCAUUCUCGGAUUCAGAAAAGAAUGUGAAUUCAGAGGUACGAGCCUAUAGAACAGAUCCUGUUCAACUAAGGUCGUAAAGAAUGUGAAUUUUAUAUCUGAAUGUAUAUUAAAUGUAUACAUAACAUGUCUUGAAAGAAUGUGGGUUCUAUAUCUGAUGUAUAUUAGCUUAUACUUUGGGUAUAGACCUGCAUCCUCAAGAAUUUAAUAGUAGACCUGGAGUCAUGAAUCACACAAAGUCUUUCAAGAGAAGAUAAUGGGGGACAAUCAAUAUGCUUGAAAAAGAUAGAAAGAACCUAAGGCUAAAGAGAGAAGGUAGAUUUCAAAUAGGGUGGUUGCCGUGUUAUCUCUCUUUGCUAAUCAUCUGUGUAUCUAUGUAUCUACCUAUCUUUAUGGUAUGGAUGAUGCUUAAUGAUGUUUGAGCUCAUGAUUUCGUUCCUUCCUCCCAUUUAUUCAAAAUGAUCAUCAACCCUUUUAAAAUUAAUAAGCAGAAAGAUAUAUGAAAUGAUUUAUAUAUCCUUUUGAAAGGGUUGUUUGGUUAAACUUAUUAUAAUAGCUUGCUUUUAGUAAUGAAAACUAAAUGUGAAAGGUGCGAUGAUGAUGAUGAUACAUAUCUUUCUGCAUGUUAGCGUCUUUUUUUUUUCCUGUAGGUAUAUAUUGGAAAAUCGAAUAUGCAGUUGACUGCAAAGUUCAUAGAUGCAAUCACACACACAUAUCAUAUAGAUGAUAGAUAUAUUACAAAAAUGCCCCCUUGUUUUUCAAGGUAACUUCAUCGAGAAAUGAUGCAGUUAACUGCAUCCAAUCUAAGCCCAUAUUGUUAUGGAAUUUCAAAUUUUGGGAUGAACUUCGGGCCAUAUCUUGGCGGGGCAAACCACUAUCCGAAUUGUUGGUGUUUGCAGCCCAUGUUGGUGUUUCUGAUCCCCUUAUUUACGGUUUCACACACACACACACACACACACAUAUACGCAUAUUGGCAGAUCAGACUAUCUGAGCCUAUGACUCCCAAGUUAUAAUGUGUUGUCCCGAGUCUCAGUAUUGUUGACUGUUUGCUGAUAAACAUGAUCUGGAAUCUGGCGCCUUAUUCAUCAUAUAACUGUGAAGGCGAUGAUGAUAUUAUUCUGCAUUUGAUUCUUUUUCUGAACAGGACAUAUGAUACCUGUUCUUGUUCCCAGGUGAAAUUCAGCCCGUAUCUUGGCAGGGCAAACACCUAAACUUUUAUUGUGUUUGCAGUCAUGGCGGUGCCUGAUCCACAAUAUUGCUACCAAAUUCUUGCAGAUCUGAGCCUUCUAACUUUAAAUUACACUACAUUACAUUACGUUGCAUUCUCGAGUUUAAAAAAAAGAAGGUGCUUAAAACGAGAUCUUCUAGCUCAAAUUGAUCUGGUAGGAAAGGAGGUUUGGGCGUUUUAUUGGUUAAGUUGGGCCAGAUCUUGGCAGGGUAAGCUGAACUUCGCAGCAGCCAUGACGGUGCCUCGUCCCCCUUUUCCUAAUCAUUCCAGGUGGUGUCCCUUUGUCUGUGAAUCCAAAGAACAUUUUUGUUUGCCUCAAUGCCCGUGAUCAUCUACGUUAUGGGGUUGUUUACUUGGAUGAUAGUAUGUUUUGUGGGUGAUACCUGCCACUUUGAAUAUGGUAUAGCUGGUAAGCCAUAUACCAUCGU